UGGAUUCUCGUUGAAUUUCGGGAGAUCUUUUGCUGUUUUUUGGGAUCAUCUUCGAUCAUGGCGAGCUGGGCGAAUCGUCCGCCCUUCGAUAAUAACGGUGGUCCAUCGACGACACGCAAGAAAUGGAAAAUUGAAGAUAAGAAGUCACUACACAACCUAAAGUAUCACUUCGCGGAGGAUGGCUGUUCGGAUGUGCAGUACACGCUGGCGAAGCAGCUGCUCGAGGAAAAUUCAGAAACGGAUCCGGCACAUAACCACGCACAGGGCAUCCACUGGUUGGUACGUGCGGCACAGCAAGGUCACGAGCCAUCGGUUGAGCUGCUGCGUGAAUGCUACGAAAGUGGUCGCGGUAUUAACGAAGCGAAUGAAGGCGAUGUCCGGACCAUACUGGAGAUGAGCCCCGGUGAACGGGCGGCUCGCCGUGCGGCACAGGAAUUGUUUGCGAGCCUGUCGAACGGCGAAAAGUACGUUACUGCCGCUCAGCUGGCAAAGCGAAUGCGUGAGAUCUACCAGCUUGAUCGGCGUCGCAGACGCACCCAACCGGAUGGUGCAGAAUCUGAUGGCAGCGUAGAGCACAGCUCCCGCGGUAGUCCGGAGCGAGAAGAUGGUUACUUCCCCGGUAACGGUGGUGGCGAUGGUAUUGGAGUAAGUGGACACAGAAUGCAUCGUGGCCCGGCGCACGUGAAUCACAUUUCCGAGGAUCACCUGGUCGAUGCGGCCGUCAACUACUCGAAUGGCCAUCUGCCAACAGUGAGCAAUGCGUUGAUGCUUUCGGUGCCGGAUCCACGCAGCUUGAACCACGUUCCAUGCUUUCAUCGACCGUUCUUUCAUCCAGCCAUGUUCUUCCAACUGCUAUAUCAUCGGUUCCUAUCGAUCAUGGUAUCGUUUCCCGGAAGGGCCGGUACGUGGCUACAGAUAGGCGUCCUGCUGGUAGCCUACUGGUAUUGUGCGAGUGACGACUUCCUGUCGCUUGUCCCCGUUGCCGGUUACUACCUGAGCCUUGCGGUCAUGGUCCUGUGCAGCUUCCGGAUGUUGAAAUCAAAGCACGAGUUCAUCGAUUUUCGCAUGUGGUCUGGACUGUUCCUACGAUACGGUGAUGAGCAUCUCAACACGAACGACUCGGAGAACCAGUUCCUGCGCAACAAUCUGAAACCGUAUCUGUACUUCUUUCUGGCAUUUUUCGCCAACGUAACGCUACAGCCCAUUAUCAACGACCAGUGGUUGCCAUUCUCCGAGAUUACCGUACUCGCAUUUGCCCUUACCUUUAUCACAAUGUUUGCCUUUAGCUAUACCUCGCAUGAUCCCUUCCCGGACUAUCUAAUUCUGUUUUCGUUCGGGCUGAACGUGCUUGCCAAGUACCCUUACGAACUGGACGAUGUCGUUACGACGGGUUGGCGCUUUCUAGAUCUCAAAGUGCCCGGCUUUUCGACUUUCGUCAUCGGUAACGGGAUCGAAUUUUGUUUGAAUUGUCGCGCCAUGCUCUACCUACUGAUACCGGGUUUCUUCUUGUACAUUGCCAAGCGUAAUGGUUGGCGGGGUACGUAUCAGUACCUAGUGCCACAUUGCGUUACCCUUUCCUGGCUGCAGCUGUGUCUAAUCAGCUCACAGUCGGCAACGAUGUUCGGACUGCUGCGAGGAGCACUCGGUCUGUCGGGUUUGCUGCUCUUUCUACCACUAUUCGGAAUUGUAACGCUACUGAUACCAGUAUUUGCCGUCAUCGAUUGGCUCUCGCUAACCGACUCCACCGUACGGCUGUGGACUUCCGUAACGGCCGCUAUUACAGCUGUUGCAAUUUCUGGAUACAUGGCAAGCUCACGGCGCACAGAAAAGUAUGUAACAGUUCUACAGAUUACGAUCUGCGUAAUCGGAACCAUUUUCCUUACGCUGCCCCACAUGAUGUCCAACUUUGAGACGAUUGGCAGCGGUGUUGAUGGGAGCAAUUUGUACGAAACAACAACCCCUGGUGCUGGUGGAGUGGACGGUGAUGGUGGCGAUGGUCCAAUAACCAACAAACCACUCCCAGCGAGCCUGGGUUGGGAUUUGUAUUACAAAUUCUGUCAUCAGCCAGCCUGGGAAAGCGAGAACAAGAUACGAACGCAGCUGCGCUGCAGUAAUCUCGACGGGACGGUGGUACGCUGGGAAGGCACAGUCGUUGAUAUGGCCAUCACAAGUCGUAAAAACAUACGCUCCGAGCUGAUCGAAGGAUAUCUGCCGAAAUUUCUGGCCGAUCGCAUCAACUGCUUUUACGGCGAACCCAUCGAGCCGGACUGUGGCAAUCUGAACGGAUCGUCCGAUGGUGACUGUGAGAACCUGCGCCAUUUCAUGCAACGUCAGCGUACUUGUCAUCUGAAUAAGUGGAACACAUAUGAGUAUGAGCUAAAGGUACGGAUGGCGACCUCCGGACUGCUCUCGAAACCGGCCGAAAUCGUCCUGCGAGCUCAGCAUGCCUUCGGUAACUUUACUCAAAGCCUGAACCAUUCCGAUCGCAUCUGGUUCAUCGGAGUACUGCGAGGGUCCACACAAUCAUCAGCAACGAUUGGCGCUGCAAGCAUGGCGUCCGGUGCCGGAACCGAGCAACAGUGGGGUACAGGUGGCCAAAGUUUUGGCGUUCACGGUAUGCGCUUGGGACGCAAAAACCCACUGAUCGAGCUGCAAUCGGUUGGCUGUAUCCAGUGUCGCAAUCCCGCACUGACCUCAGUCCAUACGGGCGAGCGGAUGAAGAUUAAUGGGCGCAUGCGGGAUCUGCUCCGGGGAUUGAAGUAUCUGCUCAAUGUGCUCUUCAAUCCGGUGGUUAUCUUCAAGUAGUAAAGUGUGCUGUACUUUUGUCCAUUGGUGCGCGCUACUUGCACUGACACUCGCACUUAUGAAUAAUAUUGAAACUCCGUAAUCGAUGCUGGUCAAUACAAACCGUUUCUCUUCGUUCGCUAGUCUACCUAUUUCGUGUGACCACGUGCUAACGCACACGUGUAUAUUUGUGGCUAUCCACUGUUGCGUCUCGCCGGUAUUAUUUGACUAUUGAGUUUUCCUGCGUGAUAGUAGCCUGGCGUUGGUCCACUGUAUGGUUAAAUAAGGAUGGUUAUGUACGGAGUUCUCGAAGCAAAUUUUAGUUUUAGAUUUAAUUUUGGCACCUUUUGCGUUGAGUUAACACUACUUACUAAGUUAUGAACAAUGAAAAUAAAGUAUAUGUAACAUG